AAAUGUCUGGCAACUCUGCCGCUAUGGAGACGGCGGAGGUGAAUCUCAAUUCCGGUAACAGUAACUCGAACGACGGCGAUGCUACGACGGCGAUCGAGUACCGGAUUCUGAAAGCUAUCCGUUCUCGGGUAGCUUACCUAAGAGACACAGCAGACUCUUUUACAUUCGUGAGUAUACGAAGGAUGUUAGAGGAAACCAUGGGCUUGAAGAAACAUUCUCUGGAAGAUCAUAGGACAUUUGUAAAAAUGAAUUUGGUUCAGUGCUUAGAAGACGCUGAUAAUGAUGAGGCUUUGGAAAAUCCUCAAGAACCUGAGAGGAGCCGGACUGAGGAGCAGGGAGAAAGGAACGAUGUAAGGGAUGACACUGGGUGUUAUGAGGAGGAUAUGGAAUGUGCUGGUGAGAUGGCCCUUGGGACAGAAGAGAAGAGAUCCGAGAAGGUAGCUGCUAAAGAUAUGACUGUAAAGGGAAGUAAAGAUCUCAUGCAUAGUGAGAUACGGAGAGCCCUCAGAGAAAGAUCGUCGUAUAUCAAGGAUAAUGCGGAGACAACUACGAUGGGUUCUCUUCGACGGCUUUUAGAGGAAGAUCUCCAAUUGGAGAAGCUGACUCUUGAUCCCUUCAAGAACUUCAUCAACAAAUUAUUGGAUGAAGUAUUAGAAAUUGCUGAUGUUACUAAAAGUCAGACUGAGUCGGCUGGGAAAGAAUUACAGAAAUACGUCGAGAGCAUACAAUCUAAGGAAGAAGUAGCUGUAAAGAAGACAAGGGGCCGAAAAAGAAAAAUGAUAGUGAAUGACAGUGAUGCAGGAGAUAGUGAAAUCCCUUUUAAGCACACAAAGGAGACUGCAACUACUGUUUACGGAACGCGUGUUAUGCAUCUCAAAUCAGUCUUCAAAUCUUGUAGGAUGAGAGUUCCUCCUUACAUUUACAGGAUAGUCAACAAGGCUCCUGAAGAGAAACGUGAGGCUAUUCUAAUAGAAGAACUUGAGCAGUUACUUGCCAAAGAAGGGCUGUCUUCAGAUCCUUUGAAUAAUGGCAAACAUGUAGCUCGGACAAAGAGGGCAAAACAUCAAGAAACAGAUUCAGAGACUGACAGUGAUACAGGAGAUAGUGAAAAUGAAAACCCUUCUAAGCAGACAAAGGAGACUGCAAUUACUGUUUACGGAACGCGUGUUAUGCAUCUCAAAUCAGUCUUUAAAUCUUGUAGGAUGAGAGUUCCUCCUUACAUUUACAGGAAAGUCAACAAGGCUCCUGAAGAGAAACGUGAGGCUAUUCUGAUAGAAGAACUUGAGCAGUUACUUGCCAAAGAAGGUCUGUCUUCAGAUCCUUUGAAUAAUGGCCAACAUGUAUCUCGGACAAAGAGGGAAAAACCUACCGAUACAGAUUCAGAGACUGACCGUGAAACAGGAGAUAGUGAAAAUGAAAACCCGUUUAAGCAGACAAAGGAGACUGCAAUUACUGUUUACGGAACGCGUGUUAUGCAUCUCAAAUCAGUCUUUAAAUCUUGUAGGAUGAGAGUUCCUCCUUACAUUUACAGGAAAGUCAACAAGGCUCCUGAAGAGAAACGUGAGGCUAUUCUCAUAGAAGAACUUGAGCAGUUACUUGCCAAAGAAGGUCUGUCUUCAGAUCCUUUGAAUAAUGGCCAACAUGUAUCUCGGGCAAAGAGGGAAAAACCUACCGAUACAGAUUCAGAGACUGACCGUGAUACAGGAGAUAGUGAAAAUGAAAACCCUUUUAAGCAGACAAAGGAGACUGCAAUUACUGUUUAUGGAGAGCGUGCUGAGCAUCUCAAAUCAGUCUUCAAAUCUUGUAGGAUGAGAGUUCCUCCAUACAUUUACAGAAAAGCCAACAAGGCUGCUGAAGAGAAACGUGAGGCUAUUCUAAUAGAAGAACUUGAGCAGAUACUUGCCAAAGAAGGGCUGUCUUCAAAUCCUUCGAAUAAAGAGAUCAAAGAAGUCAACAAUAGGAGAGAUAUUUCAGAAGAGCUCGAGGGUAUUGAUGCAAGCAACAUUGUAUCAUCUUCAAGGAGAAGAUCCAUCACAAGUUUUGCACCUCCUCCAAAGCCGAGAAUAACGGCUGAAAGCGAGAGUGAGAGUGAGAGUGAUGAACCAGAAUAUUCUGAAAAUGAAGUGUAUAGCGAAGAAGAAGAAGAGGAAUAUAAUGAAGAAGCAGAAGGAAGUCCAAUCGAAGAAGAAGCUGAAGAAAGUCCAACCGAAGAAGAAGAAGAAUCAAGCAACGGGGAUGAUGAUGGAGAAGAAAGCAACUGAUAUAUAACAAUUAUCUCGACUUCGAUGCCUCUCAGUGUAGCUUAUGUUUGUUUGUAUCUGCUAAUGACAUUUUGUUACUUUAGUCUUUAUUCUUUAACCAUUGGUAUGACUCUGAAUUGGAUUUUGUAAAGAUGGUUUGGGUAUAAAAGGAUAACCACAGAUUAUGAUGAAA